UUCAGCCUGGAAGGGAGCGAGGCUUGGAGGAGAGGGGAGGGGAGAGAAAGACACAGAGAGAGAGGCAGAAAGCAAGGCAGAAAGAGAGCACAAUCCACUCGGUGCGUUGCUCGCAAGCUUGGGGCUGACAAUGAGGGAUCUCAGGAGAGCAGCUUCUCAGAAUAACACGCUCUCCUCCGCAUGGACCGACGGCAGGCAGUGGUUCAGCCCUGCUGAUAUUUUUUAAGCCCUCCUCGCGGUUUGAUGGGCAUUCCCAGUGCCUUUGUGCACGUCUCGGGAAGCGUUGACGUGGAAAGGAGCAGCGAGGAGGGGGAGGCUGGAGGAGAAAGCUGCAGCUCCUCCAAAACCAGGGAGGGCAUGCACGGGAGGGAGCAGGCUGGCGAGGAGGGCGAGGCGGGGGCACCUCGCACCAUGGUACCCCCGUGCCGGCGCGGCGCAGUUCCGGAGAUGCCCCUGCUGUGACUGGACGCACCAUGAGCAUCUGGGAGCUGCUCCUGGCUUUCCUGGUGGUGCUGCUGAUGCUCGUGGCCCUGCUGGCCAACGUGCUGGUGCUGAUGUGCUUCCUGUACAGCGCCGACAUCCGCAAGCAGGUGCCGGGAUUGUUCAUCCUCAACCUCACCUUCUGCAACCUGUUGAUGGCCGUCUCCAGCAUGCCCCUGACCCUGGCUGGGAUCAUUUACAAAAGUCAGCCGGCGGGAGAUCAGGUCUGCCACGCUGUGGGCUUCCUGGAGACUUUCCUCACCACCAACUCCAUGCUGAGCAUGGCAGCUUUGAGCAUUGACAGGUGGAUUGCCGUGGUCUUCCCUCUAAGCUACCACUCCAAGAUGAGGUACCGGGACGCCGCUCUCAUUCUCAGCUACACGUGGUUGCACUCGGCGUCCUUCCCCAUAGUGGCAGCUUCUCUCUCCUGGCUGGGGUUCCAUCACCUCUACGCCUCCUGCACGCUCUGCAACAAGAGACCGGAGGAUAGGACACAGUUUGUGAUUUUCACUGGGGUCUUUCACGCCCUCAGCUUCCUCCUCUCCCUGGUAGUGCUGUGUUUCACCUAUCUCAAAGUGCUGAAGGUGGCACGGUUCCACUGCAAGCGCAUCGACGUGAUCACGAUGCAGACCCUGGUGCUGCUCGUGGACAUCCAUCCCAGCGUGCGCGAGCGCUGUCUCGAGGAGCAGAGGAGGCGGCGGCAGCGGGCGACCAAGAAAAUCAGUACCUUCAUUGGUACCUUCAUCCUGUGCUUUGCACCUUAUGUGAUCACAAGACUCGUUGAAUUAUCCUCCGUGGUCCACAUCAACUCCCACUGGGGGAUCAUCUCCAAGUGCUUGGCUUACAGCAAAGCUGUUUCAGACCCUUUUGUGUACUCUUUGCUGCGGCACCAGUACAAGAAGACGUGGAAGGACAUGCUAAACAAGAUCCUCAAGAGGAGCUCCAUCAACUCCUCAGCGCUGGCGGGCGAGCCGCACGGCCGGAACCUCCCGCAGCUCAACGAGUGAGGAGCCCGGCACGGCCCCUGCCAAGGGAUAUUUGGGAAACCACAGCAACUGGCCCGCCCCUAGCAGCUCCCCUCAGCUGCCCAGGUUUUGGGAGGCAGCUGUGGGCAGGGUGAAGGCCAGAGCGUGUCCCUCCAGCGGCCCGUGGCUGCUCUGGGCCUCCUCCCCGCGACUGGAAGAGCGCUAUUGAUCCGUGGUCCUGCCGGCUCCACAAAUACAAAUCUCCCAUUGAUUUCCAUCAGCGGCUGCAUUUAUAGAUAAAAAAAAAAAAAAAUCCAGUCCUCAGCAGAGGGAUUCAUGAAGGUAAUGGGAGCAAAGUGCUGCUGGUGUAAGGUUGUUCUGAAAAGCUGCACAGGGGUGUUUGUGCUGUGUUUGUUGUUGGCUGCAGGUGAAGCUCAUUCUGAUGUAGCUGCCAAGGUGGCUUUACCAAAACCACCCCACUCUAGUGGCUUGUUUGUAGAAACAAAGGUUGUUUGAAGAAAAUAGAGAAGAUUGUUUGUAAAAAAUAUCUUAAUGGGAAUAGCUUUAAAAAAAAUCUAAAUAUUCAUCCCACGUUCAAUGCAGUUCAGCCUUUUCUGACAUAUAAUUUAGGAAGAAUCCCAUAGAAUUGAAGGAAGAGAAAAACCACUUUUGGAAUGUGCUGGAUUCAGCCAUGUCUUCUCUAAAUUUUAAAAAUUUAUUUUACAUAGAAUCUCAGUAAUAUUCUCCCCAUUAAAUUUCAGGAGAAUACAAAUGGUAGACAGGGUGGAAAGGUCAGGAUGCCUCCUGCCUCCCUUCCAUAUAUCUGAGCUCUGAGUAGCUGGAUUCUGCCCAAAGCUGCAGAUCUGGGCCCUGUGCCCAGGAGGAAAAUAACAAAUCUCUUUUUCUGAGGAGUUAUUAAUCAUGGGGCUUUUUCCUACUUAAAGGAAAGAUGAGCCUAAGUCUGAGUUUCAAGUAUAAUUUCCAAAGCAAGUGGAGCACAAAUAAUAAGCCCCCCUCUCCACCAUGAAAGUGGAGCCAAUAAUCUGAAUCCACCCCUGAAUGUGCAAAUCUCUGGAGGUGUCAGUACAAAUCUUUGUAGCUCUGGAUUGCAGUUCUGCAUAGGAACAUUAUUAACAUUUACCAUGCACUCAGAUGCCUGCCCAGAUUUUAAAAUAGGCUUGGUUAAUUAGGCUUCAUGGAUGCAAUGGCAGCUUCAAUAACAGCUGGCACAACUGGCUGUUCUGCCAUCCAUCCCUGCUCAUAUCCCAACUGUCAAUGCCAUUCUGAGGAAAUAAGGCCUCAAGUUGUAAAAAAUGUGGGAUUACUUUUUAGUUGCCACCUUCUCUCAUGCAAGAGAAGAGCUUGGUGUGUUGCAAAAAAUGUCCCCUCUUGAGUUUUCUGGCCUCUGAUUCAAAGCCCAGACAGGGGACUCAGUGAGAGCUUCACCCCAGAGUCAGUGAAUGUCAUACCUCAGUUAUUACCUGAAGAUUAUCAGCUACCAUGUAAAUAAAAAAAAAAAUCAGCUUAAUCCUUAAUUUCAGUUAUAAAAAUACCAUAAUUACAAUAAAAUCCACGCAUAAUUAUAGCCACAGAAUUUAGGAAGCUUUUAAAACACUGCAUUCAAAUGAGCCCUUAGCCAGAUUAAAUAGUCUACCUCAUCUUAAUCAUUUUGCUUCUUAGGCUUAACAUAAUUUUCUCAGGUGCAAUAGAUAAAAACACCCAGUUCAAUACUUAUUUCUUAAGAAAUUCAAGACAUAUUGAUGAUUAGAUUGUAUUGGAAUACAGGAUGUUAGCAAGUUGAAUAGUAUUGAGUUUAAAAAGAUAAAAAAGCUCUAUAUUGAGCAUGUUUGACUUAAAUUGCACCAGGAAAGGCCACAGCUGCUGUAAACUUACACAUGGAGCUGAUGCCAAAGCCAAUGGGAGAUUUGUAGGUCAAUAAGGGCAGCUCCAGAAACAUUUAAACCUUCAAAUUCAAAGAAAGUAAGCUAAUUUCCCCGGAGGAAAAAAAAAAAGCAUAAUCCAUUUAGGACGUCUAGUAAAAGAUGGAGAAUACAGCACUGGACUUGUCUCAUUAUGCUUGUGUAUCACAGUCAGUCGCUGGCUGAUUUAUAUCCCACCAUGAGCAAUAAAUCUCUCCCCUUGUAUGUGUUUAAAAAUUUGUCUCUCUUUCCUGGUGCCUUUCUCCCCUAAUUAAUCUUAUAACAGAGAAUAGAUAUGAUUUCCCCUUCCUUGCAUCAUCUCUCUGUCAUGUUUUGACCAUCUGAAGCAAGCAGGAGUUGUAAAUGCUGGUGCUUGACAAACUGCCUCAGUACACGAAAUAAAAACACCACCCCAGCAUUUCCUGAUGACAUUUUAUAGGAUACUCAAAAUAUGAUGCUGUGGCUUGUUCAGUGCUAGAUUUUCAGCUGAAUUCUCAUAGGCAACUGGCAAAAUUUGUCUAAAAUGUGUGUCUCAGUGGUGAAUGUAGAUAUGAGUAACUAUCUGUCUGCUGAGUAUUAUAUGUACUGCACAACACUCUGGCUGGAGUGGGUUAAAAUCCCGCUGGUAAAUGUAAUAAUGCACAGCAUUUAUUAUCUCUGCUCACCAAGCAGAGCUGUUCUCUUGUCUAACACACGUGUGUGCAAGGAGAGGGAGGGGGGUGGGGGGAAUUUCCAUUCGUUACUUCAAUAUUUUUGAAAAAGUUUUGUCAAGUUUGGCUGCAGCCUGCGCCCAAAAUCUGGAGCUGCAUGUGCAAAAUCUGGGCAGCUGCUUAGGCAAUGUGCAGAUUUCUGUUUGUUGUAUCUGUGACCCAUCUGCAAUAUCUACUGCUCACACGCAUGUUCAAUUAGCAUUUCCUUCAGAGCUUGUGAAUUUGGCAGGCAGCAGAGCACUGGCAGAUGAUUAAGAGGAUGUAGUCCACCACCACCACGUUGUUUUGUGGAUUCUGAGCUUUUCCCUUUGUUCAUUUGAACGGUUUUUACACCAUUUCAGGGCCCUCACCGUGAGCUGUCAUCCCGGUUUCUGUUGUGUUCGUGAGCCAGUUUGAAUGAGAAGAUUAAUUGCAAUUGGCAAAAAUUAUGAGAGACUGAUGAGGAUUGUUGAGCAAUUAUUAAGUACCAGGCCCUCUCUUGACAUAAAUCAAAAUAAUGGUGGUUUCACCUGAGGAUGGGGUCUAUUAGGUGACUUUAUCCAGGGUUUAUAGAUUUAUUCUCUAUGUUUAGAGCCCUUUUUAAAUUGUAUUUACAAGUGGAAGGGUGUGAGCAGGAUUUAGGGAGUUCCUCUGAUGUGCAAGUGCUCACUUCCAAAGUCAGGUAGCCACAUAACCAAUUAAUUCCUACCCCUGUUCUUACACUUUGAGUGGAUGACCCUAAAAACCUCUUUUCAGUAGCCCCAAAUCAGACUUUUUAGAACUUUCCUUAUUUCUGAAAAAAACCAGACCUACAAACCUAGAGAUUAAAAAUGCUUCAGACAAAUCCUUGUGGAGCCUGAUGGCUGCUGCAGCUGUAGCCACACAAAUCACAGCAGCCCAGACCAGCUGAGGUCGGAAGGAACCUCAAAAAGCCCCCAAAAGCCUCCAGAAUCCACAUACCUGCCUCUGGCAGUGAUUUACCCUCUCAGUUUUGCCAAAGCACCUAGAAAAUUAUCUUGGUCUGCUUCAGGUCAACAGUAAAAUCUUCUGGCUAGGAUAUUUUUUUUUAAAAAAUAGCUUUGAGAAGACAUUUUAGACUAAACUUCAAAACUCAGAACAUAUUUAGGAGGCUCCAAAAGUGAAGUAGGAAUGGAUGUGAGUGGGAGGCUGGGAAGUACAAACUGGCUUUGCUGCAGUGGUUUGGGAUUACUUGGCUGCACUGAGCUUUUCCCAGUGCCCUGUUUCCACCCUGAGAGCUCUCCAAGCCUCUCAGACAUUCACUCAUCCCAAAGAAAAAGGUGAAAUCCUGUCAAAGGAGUAUCCUUUUGGGUUUGGGAGGACUCUCAUGGUAUUCAGAUGGUUAUUAUGGAAACUACUCACAUAAUUUGAACAACCAGAGAAUAUAAUUCAUAGAGUCUAGGAGGUUUAGGUCACUAAAAUGUGAAUUUUUCUGGAUCUACAUGCCCAAGGUUUCAUAGCUCCCUCACCUCUCUUAAUCCUAAAUGAAGAAGGCUCUGAAUAUCUUGCCCUGUACGUUUUUAUGUGCACAGUGAAUAUCUCUGGAAUAACCCUUUGGAAAUUGCUUUUCUCUGCUGUUAGAUCUGUCUUCUACCCACACAGUGUUCUCCUGAUUAAACAAAGCUUAAAAGCAAAGACAGGGAGUUCACACCUCUGUCAGCUCAUUGUUACUGGACUCUAAAAGUCACUGAGCAGCACGGAAAGCUCAGCUGGAUCCUGACCCCAGAGCCGCUGGGUGUUUGCUUUGCUGGAUUGUGAGGGCUGAGCUUGUGUGUCUGCAGAAUCAGGGAUUAUGUCUUUGUAACCUGCCCAGACCUGAAUAAGUGAGAACAAUGUCAUUGUAGCCUUAAAUCUAUUUAUUUUUAAUUUGCUUCUUAUGCUUUCAGCAUUCAAUAUAGUGAAAAUGUUCGAUGGGUGAAGGUUUUCUUUUAGGAAAACCAUCCUGCUCCAAAAGGCAGCUGUCCCUGUGGGGAGGGUAUAAAAGUUUACACAGAGAAAAGAGCUGCUGCAGUCUUUGUAAAAUGUCAGCUUCUUACCUGUACUCCUGGUGUGUUUGGUGUAAAUAUGUAUUUAGGAUUGUGGGUUUUAAAGAAAAUACUGCUGGUUUAUGAGCUGAAGAAGUUGCUGUAGUUUACCCUAUAUGUCUAUAUUUCUAAGGAGGAGGAUUAGCCCCACAGGCUGUAAGUGCCCUUCAGAAAUGUGUGUGCCAAGAAGCAGAAGCAUCAGGGGUGUGACAGCAGGGGUGGCAAUUGAGGAGUAAAAUAACUUUUUUGUUGUUGUUGUUGAAGAAAUGCUAUUUCACAUGGUUUCAAUAUACCCAAGGGCACAAGUCCAUAUGGCUGAUUAUUUACACACAAAGUCAUGUCAGGGAAAGGGUUUCCAUCUGGAAUUAUUACUGAGUCAGAGAAGGGUUUGGGGUUGGAAGGGAGCUUAAAUCCCAUCCAUUCCAACCCUACCAUGGCAGGGACACCUCCCACUGUCCCAGGGUGCUCCCAGCCCCAGUGUCCAGCCUGGCCUUGGGCACUGCCAGGGAUCCAGGGGCAGCCACAGUUGGAAAUCCAUUCCAGUCCUCCCCACCUUCACAGGGAACAAUUCCUGAUUCCCAAAAUCCCAUCUAAAUCUCUGGCAGUUUGAAUCCGUUUCCCUUUGUCCUGUCACCCCCUGCUCUGGUCCAAAGUUCCUCUCCAUCUUUCUCUUUUCUAGUCACUGUAGGUCUACAAUCAGAGCUUUAAAACAAAUGUUUUUUUUAAAGGUCAUGCAAAGCAAAAAAAAAAUCAAAAGUCCCCAUUCCCUUGGGAUUUGGAUCCAAUGCCAGAGCAUCCCAGUGAGAUUUCAGUGGGAGUGCAGCAGGUCCAUGGUGCAGAAUUGGCUGCAGCCUUCCUGCCCAUCCCACUGUCCUGCUCCUUAUUGCACUCUGAGCUCUUGAACAACAACUUCAAAAAGCCCUGUCAGAUACCAAAGUGUUUUAAUUUACCUCCUGACCACCAAACCCUUGUGCACAGACAGGUAAAUUCUCCUCCUGUUUUGCUAAUGGGAUCAACGACCAACAGAGGGGGGAAAAAUACAAAGGAAGGAAUCUCAUUAACUGAGUGACUUUUGUGAGGAAAAUGUCAGUGAAAUGCUCGGUGCCCUCAGGGUCACACAGCAAACAUGUGAUAAGGCUGGGGACAAGUUCUCUGUACUUUGUGCCCAGGCUCAUUUAAAAAAUAGUAAAAUAAAGCUACCUGCAUCGGCCAGACUAAAGAAUGGGUCUUUUUAUAGCAGAAACCAUAGGGCUUCCCAGACAAGACAUUUGAAAACUAUUAUCACAUAUUGCCUUGGAAAAUAGAAAUAGGUAACUAAGAGGUGCCUUGAUUAACUUUAUUUACACACAGGGCAUUUUUCUAAUCCUUAGAAGUUUUUUUCACAGCGUUUUUGAUUUUGAAGAUUAUUUUAGGAUUAAAAUUUCCAUGUAUUUGGCAGUCACUAAUCGUUCCCUUCUGAAUUCUUGCAGGAAUGUAACUUAUUACCAGUCCUUCCAGAUACAGUUGGAUAUAAACUUUAGUCCCUAGAUUAGACUAUUAGAAGAUUAUUUGGUUUUUUAAAAAGUUUUUAGGAGCUGGUUUUACAACUCCUUGCUGCAAGGACAGUAGGGCUGCUUGGGUGAGAAAGGACCAUUCAUAUCAUGAGAGGUAUAAAAAUUCAGUCUGUGUAUUUAAAGUAUUUAUUUUGUUUUGCAAAUAUUGAAAAUAGAUGGUUUCCUAUUUCUAAAAGCACCUAGAGCCAGUCUGAAGGAAGAUAGUUAUGAAAUAACAUUAAUAGCUGCUGUAGAUAGGGCAUGUUUGAUUAUAUUAUUAUAAAUAAACCACUAUAACUUAUUGCAUUUAACUCUUUUUUUGUAUAACAAUGGGGUGUAAUUCAGGGGCUAUUUAUUUAGGGAGAAAACGGGAAUAUAAAUGAAAUCUUUCUAAGUUGCAUGGAUAAAGGGAUGCACAGACCUUUUUGUAAUGACAACACACUUAAGAGUGCCAUGAGUUAACAUGGAUUUUAGGGUCCCAGGUAAGCUAAACUCUGAGAGUCUCCUAAGAGAUAUUCCAGAGAAACAAAUCCAUUAAUGAAAAAGGCAAACACAUAAAAUCCUCUGUGUCUACAGUUUAAAGGAAUACAACAAAAUAAUUAUCAUUCCUGAGUUCAGAUUUUGAGUAAUGGGGCCUGUGCUGUCUGUUCUGUUUACAAUGGCUUGUGCUUUGUGGGUACAUAUCAAAUGUUGUAAUAUAUUUUUAUUACAUAGAGUUAAUGGUUAAUACAAAGUGACAUAUAUACAUAAAUACAUACUAAAUCUGUAUAUUGUGAUUUUGUUAACUUUACUGUUAAUGAAAUGUGAUUAUGACAAAUGACUUGG